AUGUCUCGUUUCGGAUUCCUCUCCCUGGCUCUACUCUCUCUUCAGGCCUUCGUCGGUACCGGCUUUACUGCUGAUACCGAGAAGGUCGAGGCCGAAGUCGCUCUCAAGGUCAAGGCUGAGACUUCUUUCCCUACCUCUGAGAUCUUCGGUGUCAAGCUCGUCAAUGGACACCCUACUCAGGCCGUGAUUGACUUCAUCAACGAUGAGCCCAAUCCUGUCACCGUGAACUUCCUCGGAGGAAGCCUGUGGAACCUCGAGGAGGAUAGCAAGGUCGUCCGCAACCUGACCGCCACUCGUUAUGGCGUUGAGAUCCCCGCGGGCUCCAAAGAGAGUGUCAGCUACAGCUUCGCUACCGAGAUGCACCCCCAGGACGUCCGCCUGAGCAUCGCCGCUAUCCUGUCUGACAGCGAGGGCAAGUUCUCCACCGUCCAGGCCUUCAAUGGCACUGUGAGCGUGGUUGAGCCUGAUACCAGCAUCUUCGACCCCCAGAUUCUCUUCCUCUACUUCUUCCUCCUGUCCUGCGCCACUGGUACUGUCUACUUCUUCUACACUGUCUGGGUCGCCCCUUAUUUCCCCCAGAAGCGCAAGAGCGGCAAGUCCGGUGAGAAGCGUGCCCCUGGCAGCGCUAAGCGCGAUGCUCCAGCCGUCGAGGAAACUUCUACCACUGCCGCCGUUUCCUCGGCCACCACUUACAACGCUGACUGGAUCCCCUCCCACCAUCUCGCUCGUCCGGAGACUCGGAAGGUCAAGGGUGCUGGCAAGUCCAAGGCCCGCUCGUAA